GCCAUCCCGUUCCCGAUUUGCGACAAGGGGGGUGCGGCUGUAACCAUGGAUCCCAGUGUACUCGCCACCAUGGACAAGGACGCACUGAAGAAGCAGAUCGAGAACAUGAAGUAUCAGGCAUCCAUGGAACGGUGGCCCCUGUCGAAGAGCAUCGCGGCGAUGCGGGAGUACGUGGAAGAGAACGAGAAGAAUGACCCACUGAUACACGCGCCCGACAAGAAGAACAAUCCCUGGGCCGAGAAAGGCAAGUGCAUAAUCAUGUAAUCGGGGCCGGAGCGGAGGAAGGGCAACAGAAGAGGAAGGAAGCGUGCGUACGAACCGAGAGGAGGAGAGGAGUCGGUCGUUCAUCCGCGGCAAGAGGAACCACAGGCAGAGAUCACGAUGGUAGGGAGGAGAAGAAGAAGAGUAGAAGAAGCAUGCUGCACACAGGAGGAUGAGAGAAAGAGGAAGGCACCGGUAGACGGUCGAUCGUCGAUGUGCGAUCGUUUGCCGGUCUUCGUCGGAAUGAGAGGAGUUGUUGCCGCUGAUCGGUCCCGUGCGAUCGAUCUGUCGUUCGGACUGGAGCAAAUCGUUUCUUUGCCGGACCGUUCCUCCGUUUCCUCCGGAUGGAAUACUGCUCUACGAUCGCGCGGCGUGCGGCUUCGCUGCCAAUUCCCGAUUCGUGUCGUCCCAUGAGAUGUGUGUAUCGUUAGCCCUCGCAUCCUUCGUGCCAUUCGAGACGUAAUCGUUAAAUUCGUGUAAAGAUAUCCGGAGAUAAAUCGGAGCCAGUGACAUCGAUCGACUCGUUGACAUACGCGAAAAGGGAAACACCAGAACAGGCAAUGAUAAAGGAAAAAAAACAAUAGAAAAAAUUAAAACGAUACCGCGCAACCGAUCUUACGAGAUAUUGGCGUGUUUUUAGCCGUUUACGUCGUUUUAUUAAAAUCUUUCGCAUUCGCGAAUACCAAGGAGGACGGAAGAAAAAAUCGGAAAAUCGAGUAAUCCACUUCUGCCUGGAUCGAUUGUCGAAUCAACCGCCGCAUGUCGCGCGACGUCAUCCUGCACAUCUCACUCGCCGAUGCACUUUACCGUGAAAAACUCUCUCCAUUCACCGAUCAACCCAUGAACGCAAUUUAUUCUUAACGUUACACGUGUAUACAUAAAUAUAUAUAUAUAUUGUAUACAUACAGUUAUUACUGUAAUAAUGAUUAUAAUAUAUACUCUUGUAUGUAUCUCUGCGCGAAUUUCUUACGGAAAUAUAUACAACAAAUAUAGACCAGCGACUGAAAUCCAAAUCCUGCUUUCUGCAAUCGUUACUCGUCUCAGGGAAGUGUCGAUCGAAUCUUUAGUUCAAUGGAAUCGUCCCAAGCGCGAAAUUGAAAUCAUUACCAUAACGUUCGGUUUUCUUCUCUUAUUCUCUUUUCUCCCUCGUUGUCGUCUGACUAGUUGCUAACAGUUUCUACUGACAUGAGAUACGCGUCCGCAAGACUCUGGAAUCACUACACUUACUGUCUUAAUUUUGGUCUGAUUAAGUUGCUUGUUUAAGAUACGGUGGGAUAAUUUGCUACUGACGUUCGUGAUGCGCGCAUGAGACUCCGCAAUUACUUAAAAAAUAAAAAAAAUAAAAAAAUUUCCGCGUUUUGACUUCUCAUUAACGUAUACGUAACUUUUGAAAUAAAUGGCGAGGUGUUCCGUCGUACUACUUUGCUAUUUUUAUAUUCGAAAUAUAAAUCACGUGAAUACGUUUUGUUUUUUAACAAUUAAUUACUGUUAUACAUAUAAAGGUAACAUCGGCACUUUGAUGUUUGCUAAAAGUAUUGUACAGAGGACGCAUGUAUUAUUACUUGUAAGUCUUUUGGAAUUUACUGAUAUAAUUUUUAUGUAUGUGAGAGAUAACAUAUGAUGACAAAAUACUGCGAAAAUAAAAUCAAUCAAAAUACAAAUAUAAA